AUGGCAGCCGCAGCUACUAUCUCAGUGGACGAGGACCACUUCUGCUGCCCCGUGUGUUUGGAGGUGUUGAGGGAUCCGGUGACGAUACCCUGCGGCCAUAGUUACUGCAUGGAGUGUAUUAAAGACUACUGGAGGAAAACCGAGCACAAAGCGGGAUACACCUGCCCUCAGUGUCGGAGAGCCUUCAACCCUAAACCUGCCUUGGCCAGGAACACCGUGCUGGCAGGUCUGGUGGAAAAGCUCAUGGAGAAGCUGAGUGACACCAGGAUCCAGGAGGCUCCUGGUGCUGAAACGGUGCAGGUGGACUGCGAUGCGUGUCAGGGGAGGAAGCGGAGAGCUGUGAAGUCAUGCUUGAAGUGCUUGGGCUCGUACUGCGACUCUCACCUCAAACAGCACAAGAAGCACAAACUAACGGAAGUACAACCACAGCUGCACAAGAGAGUGUGUAACCGGCACGGUCGGCUCUUCGAGCUGUACUGUCGCACAGAUCAGCAGCUCAUCUGCCCUCUUUGCGUGACGGAUGGACACGGAGGGCAUCACACGGUGCCAGCUGUCGAGGAGAGGACUGAAAAGCAGAGGCAGUUUGAGGAAGCCUUGAAAAGAUCGAAACAAAGGAGCAAGGAGAAAGAGAAGGAGCUGAGGAACAUCAUGAAAUACCUCAAGCGCUCAGCACAGGCCGUGGAGGAAGACAGCGAGAAGAUCUGCACCAAGCUGCUUCGCUCCAUCGAAAGGAAACACGUCGAGGUUAAAGAGCUGCUCAGGGCUGAAGAGAGAGCCGCGCUGGCCCAAGCCGAGGUCCUGCUUGAGCGUCUGGACCAGCAGACUGAAGAUACGAGGAGGACCGAAGCCGAACUGGAGCUGCUCUCACGUACUGACGAUCACAUCCACUUUCUGUUGAAAUGCAAACCCCUUUUCAUUCCUGCUGAUCCCGAUGAGCUGCCCGAUGUUGAUGUCCAUCCAUAUUUCUCCUUGAUUGUUCUGAGAAGAGCGAUCACGGAGCUGAGAGAGCGAGUGAACGACGUCUGUGACAGGGAGUUGGUCAGGAUCUCAGAUUUAAUUAAACAUGAGCAGAGUCCGACAGCUGAAAGCACGUCCCCUGUCCCUGCAUGUCCAGAAAUAGUUUCUCCUGUGAAAAAUGUGGACCAGGCACAAAGUGAGCCGAAGACCAGAGCGGACUUUUUACGAUUCUGCUGCGAGGUGACGUUGGACCCAAACACUGCCAACUCCUACCUCUGUCUUUCAGACGGGAACCGGAAGGUCAGCACGUGCUACGAUUCCCAGUACUAUCAAGAACAUCUGGAGAGAUUCAGUGGCUGGGCUCAGGUGCUGGCGAAGGAGCCUGUCUCCACGCGCUGUUACUGGGAGGCGGAGUGGAGUGGAAAGGGUGGGAUCGGUAUCGGCAUAUCUUACAAAGGGGUUAACCGGCAUUGUGGGAACGCUGACGGAAAACUGGGCUGCAAUUCCAGAUCGUGGAGUUUGAACCUUUCUGAAGGCCACUGUAUAUUUCAGCACAAUAAGACCAAGCUGGAAAUUCCAUCUCCCAUUUCAGCUAGGAUAGGGGUGUAUUUGGACUACAAGGCAGGGAUUCUAGCAUUCUACUGUAUUUCUCCUAGAAGGGACACCAUGACCUUGCUGCAUAGAAUACAUACGACUUUCUCACAACCUCUAUACCCUGGAUUUUGGCUUGGCCUUAAUUCUACAAUUAAACUGUGCUCCAUCCUUAACUUCUCAGCUUAGAGAAA